UUUUAGAUAUUUUCUUUUUUUGUUUCCCCUCUUUGCACGUUUAUUUUCUUAUUUUUUUUUUUAUUCUUCUUUUAUAUAGAUCUAGAUGUUAGCAAAAUCUUCUUCACAGAAGAGGUUACAUCUAGGCCUAAUUCUCUUCAUCAUCACUUUUUUACUUAUCAUCUUUUAUAUCCGUCAUUCUUCAUUUGAUACAUCUCAAACCUCUUUUAAAACUCAUCCAAAAGAUAAUGCUCUCUCUUCUCAAGACCGUUUAUCUUUUAUCCUCAAUAACGAAGAAGCCAUUGCUUGUAAUAAUGCUGAUAUUACUUGGCUUGCUUCUGAUAGACAGUUUUGGGAUGGCUGGUCCACCAAAGCCAUGUUUCUUCAACCAAAUGGAAACUUUACUACCAAUAAUGUUUUAACAACUGAAGGAGUUGCUAUUUGUAUUGUUGUUCUUCUUGGACCAAGCCCUGCAACAUCAGUGAUUCGGGCUGAAAAUCAUUUAGGACCUGCAGAUAGUAUUGUGAUUGAAGCGAUUGGCAAUACAACGGUGAUUCCUAUAGAAUUACAACAACAUCAUCAACAACCUAAUGCCUAUUUUGCUUCGGUUUAUUUUGCACAAGCAGAUACUUAUGUAUUGAAAGGACGAAUAGAAUAUCGAUCUUACUUUUGGGAACAACCUAUUUAUCAUUCUUAUCGACCCAUCACAUUUACUUCUGUCAAUAAGGCCAUGGUGAAAUCUUUAUAUAAAUUGCAUCAACCUGCUUGUAAUGCUCGCAACCCUGAUCAUUGGCAAGGUGUAUGGAUGAAUAAAACAACUUUUCAAUCUGUCUAUCCUUUGGAUUUUUAUGGUAUGUUUGGUCCUGUACAAGAAGAUCAUGCUGAAUUUGAUCGUCUCUUUGUUCCUGACCAUUGUCGAAUGGAAUAUAUCAGUUAUGGUCAAGCAUCUCAAUGUUUACAAGAAAAGGUGAUUCAUGUAUGGGCUGAUGGUAAUCUACGAAGAAAUCUUAAAGCAUUUGAUUCAGCAAAUCGAUGGUGUAAUGAAAAUAAAACAGCAGAAUGUAUAUGUAACGAUGAUAAAGAAGAUCCAAAUCAUAAAAUGUACCCGUGGGCAGUAGAUCCAACUAUUCCAUUGGUGAUCAAUAAAACAUGGCAUGGAAAUACAGAAAUAUAUUACAAUCAAGUGGACAGUAUUACAACUAUGGAUUGGAAAAAGAAGAUCAAAUUCCAAACCAACAAAUUAUCAUCCAAAGCUGAUAUUGUCAUUCUAGGUUUUGGAAAUCAAGAUAUUCCACUUACUGGUGUCUCACCUAAAGAUUUUGGUCAAGUAUUUUAUGAUCUAUUACACUAUGUGAUGAAUGAUAUAUAUCCUUAUCAAACCAUUAUUGUUCGAUCUCCUCAAUAUUACUGCUGUGGUACUCUUGGAUCUACUUCUUGGAAUAGUGGAAGAAGUGCUGCCUUUGCUAGGGUGGUUCGACAGAUUGUGCAACAAUUAUCAGAUGAUCGUGUUUUAUUAUGGGAUGUUUACAAACUUGGUAUUGAAGAGAAUACUUGUAUCGAGGAUGGAUCAACUUAUUCAAGAAAAAAUGUUAUCAAUGUGGAAAAUAUAUUACUAUGGAACCUUCUUUGUCCUUCAAAAUCAGUCUAGUUACCUUUCUUUUUUUUUAUCGUUAUUUACAUUAUACCAUUUUAUUACCAUAAUAAAUAGUCUCUUUUUUUCGAAAUCGAAGAUUUGUCUGGAUUAGAUGGGAAGGUGUGAUCGUAGAAACUUUUUUUUCGGAAAGAGUCAACCAUCAUCAAUCAUCUUUAGAAAGGAAAAAAAAACAACAACUUUUUAUUAUAUAAUAUGAUAAUA